AUGAAAUCAUGGAGGUUGUUUCUGAUGGUGGCCAUUGUGGUUUUGCUCUCAUUGCAUCUCUUACUCAAAAAUGACCAGCAGAUAUCCAGUCAGCUUUUUAGCAACUCAUAUUCACCGUACCACAAGCGUAAACAACUCAGGACAAGGAAUGGAUCAGAGAACUUCAAGUCAAUAGACAAUAAUAUUCUAAGUAGAAGCAAAGACAACUUCAAGCCAAUAGACAAAUAUACUCUCAGGGGAAGCACAGAUAGAGAUAUUUUAGCACGGCUUCAGGAUGCCAUUCCAAAUAAUAACAUUACUCAGGAGAUGUAUGAGAGAGCGUUCUUAUGGAAAGGGAACACGGUUAAGCUGAGGAAAAUAUUCAGAGAGGCAAUUGUAAAGAAAACGCCAAUAUCUAUGGCAACUAUCGGUGGGUCGGUUUCUGCGGGCGGAGGUAUAGAUCAGGGCUCAUGUGAGUUCCCUUGUCUGUACAUGGAAAUAUUGGCACAAUGGAUGAGCACAGUUUUUGGCAUUCCUGUUGAAUCUCGGAACACUGCAAUGGGCGGGGCUAACAGUGAAUAUUUCUCCCAUUGCCUAAACGCACAUGUUUCUAUGGAGACUACUGAUAUUGUCAUCGGGGAAUUCGCUACCAAUGACCAAUUAUCUCAUUCGCAAUCUGGAUUUAGAGAAAUGGGACGGCCACUAGAGGAACUGAUACGCAAUACGAUGAAACAACAACGUGAAAACAGACCGGUUUUGAUUCUGGCAGAUUUUGUUGAUAAGAAGAUUCUUGGUCCAGAGUUUAAUAGUAGUCAUACUUGUUCAUUCGAUCUUGAACAGAAACACUACAAACCAUUAUUGGAAUAUUACGACAUCACUGGGGUGUCGUUAUUUAAUAUGGUUUGCCCAGUGUAUGGUGAACAACUUGGCUUCUAUAGCUCUGACAUAAUUUCUUAUGAUUAUUUCCACCCCAGUCAUCUAUCACAUCACUAUAUUGCGAUCGUUUUAAUCAAAUUCUUUGCAGGAAUCAUUAAAGAGGCUUUGAACCCUUUACCCUUGGGUCUCCCAAAUCCAUAUUUACCCACUCCAGUUUUGAAUAGCACAUGGAUCACCAAUCCCGUAUGCUUCACCAACAAGCGCCAUGAACAGAUUGAUAGUUACAGUAAUCUGUCGGUGACAGAACUGAACGGAUUCCAUAAAUACAUUCUCAGGACAUCCCUCCGCCGGUUUCGCAAAUUUGAGGUAAUGGAGUAUCGCAAAGACUUGUUUAAUGGUUUCAAGGGCAACAAGCAAGGUGAUUGGAUUACAUUGGACCUAGUUGCACCCAUCAGACCCUCUGGUCGUGUCCAGCAGGUCCUUUCACUUGGCUACGUCAACUGUGAAUUCUGCAACGAGACUAUCAUCUCUGUAUGGAUUGGUAUGCGACAGAAACCAAUUUCACCCGUGUUUAAUUUUACGACAUUCAAAUAUUCUCCUGGUACAAUAAUCAUUCAGGUUGAUGACAUAAAUCUCAGUGAUUAUGUAAAAGAACAACAAAGAUUCAACGUCACUAUUAUGCUCAAUGGGUCAUAUGACUUCAUAUUACACGCAGCAAUGAUUGCAUGGAGAUAUAUAAAGUAA